AUGUCUUCGACCACGAACGUCGACCCGGCGCGUGCCAAGGAGAGCAACACUGAAAUGAUCCUGGCCGUGACGGGGUUUUUCCACGCGCUCGCUCUCCUCUUCGUCGGUCUCCGCACAUAUACACGCGUCCUCAUCGUCAAGUCAAUGGGCAUCGACGACUACGUGAUUAUUAUGUCUGCGCUGUGUGCUCUUGGUGGAGGAAUGGUCGUUUUUAUCGUCCAAUCGUUUUACGGCCUCGGCAAACACAAGGACACCAUUAGCAAGGUAGAUAAUAUCCUCUUCCUGAAAGUCGGGUUUUUCCAGUCCAUCAUUUCCGCCAUCGCCGCGCUGGCACUCCUCAAGAUAUCUAUUGCCAUGUCUUUGCUUCGACUAAGCAAGAACAAAUGGUAUUCACGAGCCUUAUGGGCACUGAUCGCUUUUGUCAUUCUGUAUACGAUCAUGGCUUGGUUAAGCUUCUUCCUGUACUGCACACCAAUGGAGGGUUAUUGGGACAGGAGUUUGAAGCCCAAGUGCUACCCCCUCAAGUUGUUCAUCAACUUUGCUCUUGUCAAUACCUCUUUCAACAUUUUCACUGAUGUUUGCUUUGCUACUCUUCCCAUCCCCAUCAUUUGGGUGCUGCAGAUGAAGUUGCGCACCCGAAUCUAUCUAGUCGGUAUUUUGAGUCUUGGCUAUUUAGCUGUUAUUAUGGGAAUCGUCAAAGCUUUCUUCCAGAUUGCCCAACCAAACAACAAAGACAGCACCUUCCUCCAAAGUAUACAAUUCUGGGGCUUCCUCCAGCUAAAUCUCGGCAUCAUCGCCGCUUGCGCGCCAUCAUUGAGGCCCCUCGUCGGCCGCGCCCUGAAGUUAAACUCGGGCCGCCUCUAUAAUAACGCCAACCUAUACGAGAACCGAUACCCGACUGGCCCAACCGGUAGAACUGUGAUAAUCACCGCGAGCGCCAAGAGACAGGGAUAUAUGGAGCAGAGCAGCCAGAGCGCGCCAGAAUUUGAGCUCGAAGAAGGGACGUUCUCGCAGAGCGCAGACACUCGUCGCCAGGAGAGCAUCAGGGGCAAAAGCCGACUGGGAGCUGUGUCGGUGUACCGGAAGAACAGUCUGGAAGAUAGGUCAGGGAGCGAGGAGAUGAUCCUAGACACGGACAGUAGGACUCCGGGGAGCAGGGGCAUCAUGAGGACGACGGAGGUACACAUUGAACGCUAA